UUUUAAAAAUGACAAAGAAGCGCCGCAAUAAUGGAAGAAACAAAAAUGGUCGUGGACAUGUGAAGCCUAUUCGUUGUACCAACUGUGGACGUUCCUGCCCAAAGGACAAGGCUAUCAAGAAGUUUGUUGUUCGCAACAUCGUAGAGGCUGCUGCUGUUCGAGAUAUUACUGAUGCUUCUGUCUAUGAGCAAUAUGCUCUGCCUAAGCUGUACCACAAAUUGCAUUAUUGUGUUUCGUGUGCAAUUCACAGCAAAGUCGUUCGUAAUCGUUCUCGUGAGGCUCGCAAGGAUAGAAAUCCACCGCCUCGAUUUGGACAACGUUCUGCAGCUGAUCGUGCACCGCGUCCAGGAGCACAGGGAGGUGGAACUGGAGGUCAAGGAACUGGUGGUCCAGUUGUGCCAGCACUUCGCAAUGCUUGAUUGACGUUUGGUGCUGUUUUAAUUUUUUUGAAGUGGAUGUUGUUGCUCUAUUAUCUAUUAUUGUUGUUUAAUAAAAUCUUCGGUUUUGUUGAUUUUUAUUUUUUUAAGGUUCUCGGGCAUAAGAAUUUACCUUAGUGAAAUUUUUAAAAAAAAAUUUAUCUCGC